ACAGCCCCUUAUAACAGUGAGUCACACCUAGAUUAUACCAUAGUGGACAGAUCGCUUCACUGCACACCGUUAGCUCACCUGUCCAACAUAUAUUGAUGAUUGACCACUGGCCAAGCCUCCUCUCUCAGAUAUUCUUCGGACAUGAUAUCUGUACAUGGGAAACUCUCUUGGGAACGAAGUAAAUAGGAUUUUCCCAAGAUUGACCACGCAAACAGAAAAUACAGAUAACUGUCAAUCACCGGUGGGCGGAGCCUAGCCAGAACGAGGCCUUAGUCAGCUACCUACAAUAAUUUGUGCCGAGUAAAGCGAGUAAACAACACGAUGAGGGGGACGAGUACACACUUCGCUGUGCUCUGGGUUUUAACAUUACAAUUAUCUAUGGUUACAUGUACAGCUGUGUUUGAACUUAAAUUAUCAUUAUUUAAAAACGAGAAUGGAUUAAAUACUGACGGUAACUGUUGCAAUGGUUUUCGUACCGAUGGGAAGUGCAGUGAUACCUGCCGGACUUUCUUCUGGAUUUGUCUAACACAUUAUCAAAAGAAGAUACCCGAUGAUGCUUCGUGUACAUUCGCCAGUGUCACAACGCCUAUUUUGGGAUCUAACUCCGUGAAUUUUAGUGCUCAACUUCCUGUGAAGUUUGACAAUCCUCUAGCAUUCUCCAUACCUUACUCGUGGCCGGGUACGUUUUCUCUGAUCGUUAACGCCUACCACGAUACCACGCUGACCGGACCCGCACAAGGAAGCCCAAGAGAGCUCGUGUCGACCUUGAAGACACAAAGGUCAUUGGAUGCAGGUGAAACAUGGCUAUCGUUUACACACUCAACGAAAUACACGGAACUGAACUACAGUUACAGGGUACUGUGCGAUGAUAACUAUUAUGGUUUGAGAUGUUCCAAUUUCUGCCGACCCCGAAAUGACCCAUUUGGACACUACGAAUGUGACGAUACUGGCCAGAAGGUGUGCAUGGACGGUUGGGAGGGACCUUAUUGCAACAGAGCAAUCUGUUUAGCGGGUUGUCAUCCAGACAACGGCUUCUGUGACGCCCCAAAUGAAUGCAAGUGCCGGAUGGGAUACAAAGGGACCUUCUGCGAACAGUGUGAGAAAUACCCCGGAUGUAUGAACGGCACGUGCACAGAGCCUUGGCAGUGUAUCUGCGAAGAGGGGUGGGGAGGACUCUUCUGCAACCAAGAUUUGAAUUUCUGCACCCAUCACUCACCUUGUCGUAAUGGUGGAAUUUGCACCAACACCGGUCAAGGAAGUUACACGUGUACCUGUCAAUCUGGCUACAUGGGUACCAACUGCGAGAUCGAGAUGGACGACUGUGAGCAGCAGCCGUGUCAAAAUGGCGGCACCUGUCAAGACUCGGGGACCGGUUACAAAUGUAAAUGUCCCGACGGUUUCACGGGCCGACGAUGCGACACUCUGGCAGUCUCGUGCGAGAACGAUCCAUGUCAAAAUGGCGCUACAUGUGAGAACACGGAAACGAGCUACAGAUGCACUUGUGUUGCUGGAUACACUGGCUACAACUGUGACGCAGAGAUCAACGAAUGUGCAGCCUACCCUUGUCAGAACGAAGGCCGAUGCGUAGACGAAUUGAACGGUUACAGGUGCGUGUGUGCAGUGGGAUUCCAGGGCCAACACUGCGAGGAGAACAUCAUUGACUGCAACCAGGACACGUGCUUAAACGGAGGGACGUGCAUGGACCGCGUGAACGGGUUCGAAUGCCGCUGCAUUCCAGGAUUUGUGGGAUCGCUCUGUCAGAAGGACGUGGACGACUGCGAGCUCCGACCAUGUUCCAAUGGUGGCACGUGCCACGACAAGGUCAACGACUUCGCGUGCGACUGUCUGCCUGGUUUUACUGGAAAAGACUGUCGAGUGAUAAAGAACGAAUGCGAGAACGAACCAUGCAAGAACGGAGGUAGCUGUAUGGAUCUCAUCAAUGACUUUCAGUGUGUGUGUCUGUCUGGUUUCUCCGGGAAGGAUUGUAGUAUUUCGGACGGCACGACACCCAUCCGAAAUGGUUCCAUCAUCAAUGUGGUCAAUGAGAUCAAGCAAACUGCCGAGGAGGAGAUUACAAUGAUGCAGCUUGUACUCAUUGUGUGUCUUGGUGUCGGUAUCCCGCUUUUGCUUUUAAUCAUCGUUGUGAUCUUCUUCUUGCUGAGAAAGAGGAACCCCACACCCGCGGAACCUCACUCACUGGAAAAGGAACAAAAUCUACAAAACAGUCAUAUCAACAACAAACUGGAAUCGGCCAUAUUUACGACGGGACCUCUCCCACAGAGUGGUUCUGGUGUGUCUAAUGUGAAAACGACAAACGAAGACAAUGACUUCAAUACAUUUAAACCAGGACACACGAGUUAUUACGAAAAAUCAACAAAUAAGCAGUUUCUGUAUAGUAAAGACUUAAAUACAGAACAGUUCGCAAAGACUCCCCCUCCUCCCCCGCCUCCAAAAGACAUUAACAUUAAACAUAGUGAGUGUUAUGAAACAGACAACUCGUCCGGGAGUAAUUCCAUAAAUGAUAUCAGUUGUUACAACACCGACAUACACAUUAUCGGGAAUUCUCGGACACUUAGCAAAGACACAAAUAGACACUCAGCCUCCAUAUUGGAGCAACAUACGCAGCACGUGCCUCCUCUCCAUCCUCCGCACGUGCACCGACAGUCGUUUUACUGUGACGAGGUGCUAGCGACGGAGGUAUAGCAUCUCCUCUAAUGGGGACCUCUAGAUCUAUACAUUUCCAUGUCUCUUGCAAUAUACUAGGAUGUAAAAGCUAUUCCUUGCUAAACAGAUAUGCAUAUUUUGGGGUUUUGAUUUAAAGUGCCUUUUGUGGUUUUUUUUUGGUUUUUUUUUGUACAGUGAAAUUACGCGCGAAAUGUUUUUUUCUCAAAAUUUAGAUUUUGGAUAUUCGUGGAUGUUUCUGUCUCCUGGAGCAGUGUAUACUCAGAUGGAAAUUAGGCUAAAAGCCAGAUUAUGCAACACAACUUUCGCUGAGUGGACGGCAAGGCCGUUGUUUCUAUUGACAUAAGUGUGUUCCCACUCUGGACAUCGUGUAUGUGUUUGGUACUCCAGAUAUCGGUGCUUGAGCCAUCUGUCAAUCUGGACUCUGGCCUGCUUGGCCACAUUGGAAAUAUCGGACAAUGUAUAAAGAUAUAAACGCUGGACACACGAACUUGUGAUAACUUUGUCAAUCCAUCCAUUUAGAUUUAUUUAUUGGCUGAUUGUGUAGAACCGGAAGUGACUGGUUUGUCCUGGUCACGUGACCAAACAUGGCUGCCAUGUUUAGUUUUCCGCUACUUUAUGGACAUUUCUUAAUUUUGUUGAAUCUUUUGCAUGAAGACGUUUUGUUGAAAGUGGUGAACGUGUUUUUGUGUGUGUGAAAGUGUUUGUUGAUUUGAUCGAGUUGAAGGUUGUUUUAGAAGUGUGCGAGUGACGGUCUAUAUCGAUGUUGAAUAAGCAGUAUUUAAAGACUUCCAGCCAACGUAUUUAAUAAAUAGGGCAUGCCGGGAUACAUUUUUGUAUAUCAUGGGAUUUUGUUAAUAUUAUCAGAACCGAGCACUUGUUCAAUAAUUGUUAAAAGAAGCAAAAAUCUAUAAGCGUUUAUUUGAGAAUAUUGAUGGAAAAUGUGCUUCUGAAUGUUAUAUUAUAUUGUAUAUUUAUUCCAUUGGCCAGCCGGUGAGAAUCCCGAACAAUUCCACUGCGGGACACACUGAAAACAUUAUAUGGAACCAAAGGCGCUCAUCAUUUAUAUUGAACAAAGAUCGCCGAGAUCGUGUGCACUUCGCUAUCCUUUAUUUAUGUCUCCGUUCAACGUUCUUUCUAUCCUUUCAUUCAUAUCAUCCUGGAUUGUAGCCAGGCAGUUUUUUAUAACGUACAACAAACAUUUUGUCCCAUUUUCAAUUUUCUGACGGACUGGCGAGAUUGCACACGGUCUUGGUAAUGGGCGUGGCCAAAUCUAGCCACGCCCUCUUCCAUCAUUCCAAUGCACGUAUAUGGGAACAAGUUAUGCUUGUCUCCAAAGUAGUUUUCAUGAGAUUUCAUCUGCUGGAGCGCCGUAACUACAUAUCAUAUUCGAAUUGUUCAUGUCCAUUUUCAUCGCUAUUUUCAUCACUUUCAUCUGAUGAGUUAAGACGGUUGCUCCGUCGUUACGUUGGUUACAUGGGGGUGUGGCUUGUUGCCAUGGCGCCCGCGACUAAUUGCCUGUGAUGUUGUACAUAGAAUGUAUAUUUAUAGAAAAACCGGAUGUAUAUAUAUCUGUUGAUGCCAUUAUUAUCUAUUGGUAAUUCACACCAUCAUGAAAUAAUAAAAAGGUCACAAUUGACUAUUUUUCAAAGAA